UUGAAUUAUACAGGUCUGUCAUUUCGACAUCUGUCCCUUAUCGACCAUUUUGAGUAAUUGCACCUUUACAUUUUGUUCAAGAGGAGCGGCGAAAUGGCAAGAGGCUUGGUAUUUCUACUGGUGCUGGUCUUCACAGUUGUGGGACAGGCCCUAAGUCCUAUAUCUACCCUAUCAGGGGACAGCCAAGCCAGGUUCAAGACCAUCUUUGAACAGGCCAGGCCCUAUGCUGAUUUGAGCACAGCCCACUAUGCUAUCUUGGGGCUGAAGCUUCUUGAUGCUCCUAUCCCUCAGGCCCAGGAGGCCUGCAACUUUUUGAAGGAGCACCUGGAUGUGAAUAGUAUCCAGUCCAUCUACCAUGCCACUACUGGUGCCAAAGCACUAGGCAACUGCAAGGUGCCAUUGAGCAAUGGACAGCAAGUUUUGAAUGCUGCUGUUACUGAUAGCUCAGAUGUAGCAACAGUUUUCUAUGCUGUCACAGCCUUGACUGCUCUUGGCCUCACUAUUAAUUCUGCUGAAGUGGUAAAGGCUUUGGAUGCUGGACUGAAGAAAGAUGACAGUGUUUUAAGUUCCAGUCUUGCUCUCCAUGUGGCAUCCAUGCUUUCAAAUGAAACCAAUGUAGACAAAUAUCAUGAUCUUAUAGAAGAUAUUGUAGCACAAGCUGAUGAAGUAGGAGAAAAAUAUUUGCAGUUUGACUCAUUACAGCAGACAUCUAUUUUCAUAGAAGGAGCAUAUAAACUUUCUGGAGUAGUCAAUAAAGCACCAGUUAUUAGUGAGGAGCAAGUAGUGCUAUUAGGAAAUUACAUUGUUAGCAGGCAAUCAACACAGAGUGUCCGUAAUGCAUACUACGUCCUCAGUGGGACCAAAGCCCUCUCAGACAACAAGUUCCAAAUUCCAGUAGCAUUUUCCCUUGCUGGACCCAUGGCCGUCACCUCAGCAGAGCCUAGCAUUCGUGUACGAGUAUCCAACCUUCUUUCCUCUACCCUUGGAAAGCUGAUUGUUGUGGCAACUUCAGUCGAAUCCAAAAGCGAGGGCGACACCGCUGCUAGCAACCUUCCCCUUUCCGCCACCAGUGACCCAGCAAUCUACCAAGUAAACCUGAUGGAAUCCAAGCUGUCACCUGACUUCUACCGUGUGACCUUAGAUGCCACGCCCUCCCAGGAAGACACUCGCCUCAUUGGUCUGGCCGAGGGUGAGGUCACUGUCAAGGUCACUACCCAGGUCACCCUUGAAGCUGCAGAGAUCAAUGUGGUUGAUAAAGACCAGUCAAUCACAGCCAAGACCAUGAGGGUCAAGUACCCUGAGAAGGUCGAGAAGGGUCUAGAGGCUGACCAUCAUCAGAACCUGGUCAUCAAAUUUAGUCUCAAGGACAAGUCUGGACAACCCAUUGAGGCUCAUCAGACCUUUGUCCGCAUCACAAAUGUAAAGACCAAGCAAGAAGUCAUCUUUACUGCCGAGGCAGAUUCCGGCAAGGCUUACAAGUUUACCUUGGAUGUCGCGGACAGCGGCAAGGAAUAUUUCAAGGAUCUUUCUGGUCGCUACUCUGUUGACCUCAUCAUUGGAGAUGCUGUCAUUCAGAAUCCAUUCUUCUGGAACUUGGCCGUAGUGUCUUUGAAAUUUCCUGAGUCUGAAGCUAAGCCAUCCUCUCCAUCUGGAAGCCAGUACAAACAGUUACCUGAGAUUGAGCAUAUGUUCCGUGUAGCUGAGAAGCGCCCUCCAUCUAUUGUCUCUAAUGCCUUCACAGCCCUUGUAUUGGCUCCUCUCGUACUUCUAUUCAUCUUGUGGGCCAAGCUUGGAGCCAACAUGAAGAACUUUUCACCAUCCCCCAGUGCCUUGGGCUUUCAUCUUGGUUUAGGAGGUAUCUUUGCCUUGUACUACUGCUACUGGACCCAUCUCAACAUGUUUGCUACCCUUCAGUAUCUGACCAUCUUGGGGGGCAUCACAUUCUUCUUUGGUAACCGUCUUCUCAGUGGCAUCGCAAAGCAAAAAAAGUAACAUAGUUUCACACAUUCAUGAAUGGAAGGUCAUCAAUAUGUUACGACCAAGAAACAGGAGAAUGAUGCAAUUUGAUUGGAACCAUAAUUUACCUCGUUGUUCGUUCAAUGGGAAUUUGAAAUACAAAGGUUCUGUCAUUACAACUAAAAUAUACUGUUUUUGUAAAUUUUUGAAAAUCACUAAAUUUAUUAGUGAAUCUAAGCAUAGUUUAUCUUUAUUAAAUUACUGGUGAAGGGCUCAGCAUUUUUUUGUAGCUUCCGCUUUUGGACAUUUCACGGAGGAUAGUAUUAAAGAACUUCUGUUUCAUGUAGAUAGAAAUGUAGAA